AUGACAUCCACUCACACAAGUCAGAGGAUACUGUGGUUCCCUGCCAAUUUACAGAGAGCUGCUGGGAUGGACACGCAUAACAGGAAAGUCCUGGUUCUGGUUUUGAUGUUGCUGCUGUCUCAACUGGCCUGUGAUGCCCACAGCGUGUCUGAGUGCUGCAGACAACCACCACGCUUCUGUCGCCUCCAUGUGUUGCUGUGCCGCUCUGGCAGCAAGAACUUGGGGGGGGUGCUCACAGGAGACGCCGCUGCUGGCAUCCUCACUCUGGGUAAACGGAGAGAGGAUGAGCAUCGUUUACAGAGCCGACUCCACCAGCUCCUCCAAGGCUCCAGGAACCAGGCAGCAGGGAUCCUGACGAUGGGGAAGAGGACUGAGGAGAUGGCUGGAGAGCACUUCAUGGACUGGAUGUCUCAGUCUGGAACCAUCACAACACCACUGCCUGUUUUAAGCUAA